AUGGCGAGAAAAGCACCUGCCAAAGAUCAAAUUGUCAAGCUGAUCGUUGGAGCCGGUCAAGCAAGCCCAAGUCCGCCUGUAGGUCCCGCUUUGGGUAGUAAAGGUGUCAAGAGUAUGGAUUUCUGCAAGGAAUUCAAUGCUCGAACGGCUCACAUCCACCCUGGCGUACCCAUCCCAGCUCGCGUUACUGUUCGACCAGACCGCACAUUCCACUUCGAUGUUCGAACACCUAAUACUUCUUGGUUACUUCUCCAGGCCGCUGGGGUCAAGGAGAUUAAGGGCAAAAUCAAGGGAGCGAAUCAGCCCGGCCGACAGAGCGUUGGCACAGUCUCAUUGAAACAUAUAUAUGAAAUUGCAAAGAUCAAGCAAAGCGAACUCCGGCUAUCAGGUCUCAGUCUUCAAAGCUUGUGCAAAAGCGUCAUCUGGCAAUGCAAGUCUAUCGGGGUCAACGUUGUGCCCUGA